AUGAAUUCGGAGGAUAUCUUUCGCAUUGCACAAGAAUAUGCUGAUGUAAUGGUGGUCUACAAAAGAAGGAUACGAUUUACAUUCGUUUUGUCCACGCUCUCCUCAUUCCUGGCGGUCUAUCUUGUCCUCAACUACACUCCACAUCGAGCCCAUGGAUAUAGGAAGUAUUUGUUGGGGAUGAUUGUAAGUUCGUCUAGGCCUCAUUUAUUAUCAGUCUAUCGGGAAAAUAAUGAGCACAAUGUCGCUGUGCCAACCGUGUUGCUGAAGUGAGAAGAAAUUUGAUUUUGCCGCAACAAAGUUCAUUUUCUCGGCGGCGUGCGAUUUUCUAUGCGACAGGUUGCUCAUUAUUUUCCCGACAGAUUGAUGGUAAAUGAGGCAUAAUAUUGCGAUUUAGGCUUGGGCAUUUGUUCUUGACUUCAUUGUCUGCGUCGUAUAUGUCCCGCAGCUUCUAUUACCAGUUGUGGGAUUGUGUGUGGGCGGAAUAUUCGAAAACAGUCAUAGUGUGACAGCUUUGAUAGCUCUGUUGGUAAGCAUAAAACAAUCGCGACGCCAUUUAUUGAUUACAAUUCUCUAUUACAGUGGGGACAUCAUACAGUGGCAAAAAACGUACAAUUUUGCAUCCGGGAAGCUUUAAAAAUGUGGCAAAAUACCUCCCACACGAUUAAAAAAAACGUCGUCUUGAAGGGCACGCCCUUUCCCUCACAAAAAGAGCGGGCGCGCUUUUGGAAUCUGAGUUUUUUUUACUUGGAGGGGGAAGCAUUUUGCCACAUUUUUGAUGCUUCCCGGAAGCAAAAUGGUACGUUUUUUACCACUGGAUCAGGUCCCCCACUGUAGCUUUUUCAUUUUUAGUGUAUCUUCGUCUUCGCGAUGACAGGAACCGCUAUCUCGAUUAUCACCGCGUUCAUUUACCGGCUAGUCGUCGUCAAGACAGGCGACGACAUCUCCAGAUAUCCUUGCUUAAUCGUGCUGAUAAUAACAGCGCAUAUCAUGGGACCAGCAAUGAUUUGUGGGCCAAUGGUUUUUGCGGUCCUCUACGAUGUCGAUGCGAUCAAGGAGGAGGUGAAAAUUGUGAGUUGGUAUGCUGAAGGGUGUGUCAGUGCGCCCAGUGAGGACAGCGCGUCGAGAAAAACUUUUUUCAUCCUAUCAGUCUCUUGAGCAAAAAAAGAUAUUUCCAUUCUGUCGGGAAAAUAAUGAGCAAUCUGUCGCAUCGAAAAUCGCAUCACCGUCGAGAAAAUGAAUUUUGUGGCGACAAAAUUAAAUUACUUUUAACAACGAGAUUAUGCGCAUUAUUUUCCCGACAGACUGAUACCUCCUAAAUAUCCCUUGUCUUCCUUGAAAGGUCCUAUAUUCCAUUGUUUUUCAGCUCUACCCAGGGGUUUAUCUUUACGCCGAGAAUCGGACCUGUAGCUUCAUGUCGAGGUCAACUCCAAGCUAUGCGGUAAGUCAUCAGUCUGUCGGAAAAAUAAUUGGUACAGUGUCGCUGCGGCGAAGAAGUAAAAAGCGAUUUGGUUUUACCGCAAACAAAUCAUUUUCUCGGCGGCGAUGCGAUUUUUGAUGCGGAAGAGUGCUCAUUAUUUUCCCGACAACCUGAUAUCACUCUGUCGGGAAAAUAAUGUCGAUUUGUCGCAGCAAAAUUUCUCGGCUUACCUUGAGGAAAUUCGUAGCCCUGAUUCCAAGGCACGACAAGUCCACAUUAUUUUCCCGACAGACUGAUAAACUCACUCCGUGUUGCUUUCCAGACUUACCUAUUUCUCAUGAUGAUUGCGCUAGCGUUGCUGACUGCCGCCCUUCUGGCUUUCGGAUGUGCGAUCUGUAUAUUUCGUUCGAUUAAUCGCUUCCGAAAGACGAUGUCAAGCAGAACAUACGAGAUGCAUAAGCAGCUCACCAAGUCGCUGAUUGUUCAGGUGAGUGAUUUCUCAUCAUGCUACAGUCUUUCUAGUUUUCCAUUCCAUUCACAUUCUUGGCUAUGCCAUUGAGUAUACUGUUGUAUUAUAUGACUACUCAAAAGGAUGGAGUUUGUAAGAAAACCUUCAAAUUGUAAUGUGUUGCAGUGCUAAAAACUCUGUGCGUAGUGAUCUUCGAGUUGAUCUCGCUUCACUCCACCUUCAACGCUAUAUCCAUGAUCAUGAUGACAAAACCGUAUCGGGACUUUGUGCUCAAUCAAUGCCUGAAGCUAGCGGUUGCAUUUCCCGGGUCAUGGUCGAUAACCCAAAGCCUGGCGAAGCCAAAAGUAGAUGACGUCAUCAACCGACGGCCUUCCACCCAUACUUUUAGACAGCAGAAUUCGAAUUGA